GGCAAGAAGAGAAGCUGGUUGAAUUAUCAGGAGUUGUGAUGUUGGCCCUACCAGUUGUGGUCCUCUUUCUGCUCACCACACUCAGUAAUGCUGAGGAAACAUGCUCUGCUGGAACAGAGCAAAUUACCUUCUUAAGGGGAUGUCCUGGGACCCCCGGAGCCCAAGGAGAACCUGGAGUACCUGGAGAGAAAGGUCUGCCAGGCAGCCAAGGAUUGGCUGGUCUUCCAGGAAAGAAAGGAGAUCCAGGAAAUCCAGGCAUGCCAGGAACCAAAGGUGAGAAGGGGAAGAAGGGAGACGCAGGCUCUCCGGAAAUCACACAUGCAGCGAGGAACUGUAAGGAGCUCCUGGAGAAAGGCUUCAGUAUCAGCGACUGGUAUACAAUAUUCCCAGAUGGAAAAAAUCCAUUAAAAGUGCUUUGUGACAUGCACACUGAUGGGGGAGGCUGGGUUGUUUUCCAGAGGCGCUGUGAUGGAUCUGUGGAUUUCCUGCAAAACUGGGAGUCUUACAAGAAGGGGUUUGGUAGCCGCUUGACAGAGUUCUGGCUGGGGAAUGAGAAUAUUCACGUGAUAACGUCAUCAGGGACUUGGGAACUGCGAGUGGAUCUUCAAGGCUUUGACACCAUCAAGCAUUUUGCUAAAUACAACUUCUUUAAAAUUCUGGGAGAAGCUGAAAAGUUUAAGCUGGUAAUCAGAAAUUUCACAAGUGGUAAUGCAGGAGAUUCUUUGACAUAUCACAAUGGAAUGCAGUUCUCCACUGUAGACCAAGACAAUGACACAGGUGACAGAGAUUGUGUCCAGCUCUAUAAAGGUUCCUGGUGGUACAACCAGUGCCACCAAUCUAACUUGAACGGACAGUACCUGCUGGGAAACCAUGAUACCUUUGCUGAUGGAAUAAACUGGAAUUCUGGAAAAGGAUAUAACUACUCUUACAAACAGUCUGAGAUGAAAAUCAGACCUGCUUAAUGGGGGAUACAACCAGAAAACUGCAAAUAAGUGAAAUGAAUACACAUGCCAAUAUACAGUACAUACACUUACCUUUCACCUGUGUUUUAUGAAAGGGAAACCAUAAGACUGGGAUUGCACCUAUGCAGCAUGUUAACACAAGCACGUUAAUGUAUAUUAUGUUGCAUGUUAAGGUGCGCAGAGUUAAAGCAGUCCGUUCAUUUUCAGUGGGCUGCCAACACAUUACAACCUACAGGAAGCAGGUGCAUUGCCUUAGUCGAUUGCGUUCCAAUUCAAAACAGUGUAAAACAUGUACAGCAAUGCACAAUCUGAACUUGUUCUUAUGGUUACAGGUCAAUUUCUUUAAGUUUAUAUUUAAACUAUUCUAUGUUUUUUUAUAUGUUCAGUAUAUAAUCUUUAUGACACAAAUAAACAUUUAAAGUA